GCAAGAAGAUUAGUGACGAAAGAGCACGAUGGGUAACGAACUGGAACGAGCGGCUCGUGAAGCUGCCGACGAGCUGGCGAGUCAAAUUCCUUUCAUGGGAGGUGGGCUUGAAGGGCUUUCCAAACUUAGAGAAAUGCAGGAACAGUUAAUGCGUGGUGAAGGCGGCAAGCAGGCGUCAAUAGAACAACAGAAAACAAUGGCUAAACAGCAAAGACAUUUGUUUCAAAAUAUGGUCAAUACACUUACGCAAAACACGCUGGUCACCGAUGAAGACCUGUAUCAGAAAUUCAUGGAGGAUCUCAAAUCCGUCAAUGACGUCAUUCCUAGUGUUGACUCUACGCCGCUCAUGAUGGCCGCGGCCAUCGGUCGCAAGGAGCUGGUGAAACGACUUCUCGACUUUGGGGCGAACGUUGAUGCCAGUAACCGCUUGAAGCUAACCGCUUUACAUCUGGCCACGAUGGGAGGCAGCGAAGAAGUUGUCCAGAUCCUGGCCGAAGCAAAAGCCGAUAUCAACGCACAAAACUGCAAAGGUUCUACAGCUCUUCAUAAUGCCAUUAUGUUUCAAAAUUAUGGCUUAGUCCGAGACCUCAUCGAAUACGGGGCAGAUAUCAAUAUCAAAGAUAAUGACGGGGACAGUGCUCUCAUGUUAGCUGCCGUUGGGGGGGACACUGGCAUCGUCAAGGUAUUGAUAAGAAAUGGAGCUGAUGUAAACACCAAAGAUAUUCGUCAAUGGACACCACUGAUGGCUUGUGUCCAGAAUGACUACGAUGAGACCGCAGAAGCCCUUAUUGAAUGUGGUGCUGAUGUGAAUGCCGAACAGAUAAGUGGCGGAACUGCCCUGGACAUCGCUGCCACUCAUGGGAGUGUGAACACGCUGAAGGUUUUACUAAAGAGCGGAGCGGAAGUUAACCACGCUGAUAAAAACAGACACACGCCAUUGCUGGUAGCCGCAUCACAAGGGAAACUACUCACAGUGCAGAAACUGAUCAAAUAUGGAGCGGCUGUAAACCUAGCAGGCACAGACGGGCGAACUCCAUUGUUUGUCAGUGCCCUAGAAGGAAAUUCUGCUAUUGUUGAAUGUCUUCUGAAAGCAAAGGCUGACCCCAAUAGCACAGACAAAGAUGGAGACACGCCCUUGAUGUGCGCGGCCCAAAAUGGCCAUGCCGAUGUGGUUGAACAGUUGCUGGCAGCCGGUGCUAACGACUUGCAGGUUAGCUUAAACAACAACACAGCCUUGACCUUUGCAGUGAUGCACGGCCGAAAACGAAUUGUCCAAAUACUUUUGUCCAAACACGAGAAACCAUAUCCAAGAAUUAACAGGAGAGGAAGACAUGGCAUUGGACUGUUGCAUUUGGCAGCCGUUACAGGAACUGACGAUGUAUUGAAUCAACUGAUUGAGGCUGGAGCUGUUGUGAAUUUACCUGGGCCAGGAGGUCUAACUGCCCUGUGCACAAGCACGUUCUACGGAAACGUUGAUGUUUCCUUGAAUUUGAUUGACAGGGGGAUCGACGUCAAUCUUUGUGACAAUGAAGGGGACACGCCUUUACAUAUGGCAGCGAUGAAAGGAGACAUUACCAUUGUUAAGGCUUUAGUUGAUAAAGGUGCAGUGGUAGAUGGUGGUAAUGUCAAAGGUCGGACGCCAUUGAUGCAUGCUUCUAACAAUGGCCACACCGAGGUGGUUGAAUAUCUUUUACGCCAUGGUGCGAAUAUCGACGCAGUGGAGAUCAAGGGCUGGAAUGCCUUGAUGUAUGCAUCUCAGUCAGGACACACCAACACGGCCAUCGCCCUUCUUAACCACGGGCUUUCAGUUGAUACCAGGACAAGGGCCGGAGUCACCGCCUUGGGGAUAAGUGCUGGACAUGGCCAUAUUGACAUCGUGGAAGCUUUAAUCGAGCGCCGUGCUUCUGUCAACCAGAAAGACAAAGAUGGCGGCACUCCUCUCUUGACAGCCUCUUUUAGAGGGCAUGCCAGAAACGUUCACAUUCUGUUAACAAACAAAGCUUUGGUGAACAGUGAGAAUUGCAAAGGACACUCCGCUCUCCACGUGAGUAUACAUGAGGGGCAUGCCGAGGUCGUUGACCUGUUACUACAAGCAAAUGCAGACGUCAAUAAACCGGAUGCGGACGGGGAUUUCCCGCUUCACAUGGCUGCCUUGAAAGGCAACUAUCUCAUCACCAGAGCUCUCAUCCGCAGUGGAGCUCAGACUUCUGUUGUCAACAAAAAGAAGAUGACGGUCUUGAUGAUGGCUGCCUACAGCGGGGAUUCCCAAACUGUCCAUCUUUUAAUUGACAAUGGAGCCAACGUAGAUCAGUGUGGAGAUGCUGGCUGGACACCUCUCAUGCAGUGUACACAGUUUGGCAAAACAGAGUGCAUGAAAUUAUUGCUGGAGAAAGGGGCCAGUACAAAUGCAAGUAAUAACAAGGGAAAUUCUGCCAUUCAUAUCUGCUCAGCUAACGGUCAUAAAGAUGCCGUGCGAUUACUCUUAGAAUUUAACGCAGAUGCCAAAAUACAGAACAAUGUGGGCCUUACACCUUUAAUGUUGAGCUCCAACAACGGGUACACAGAGAUUGUGUUGUAUCUUCUCCAAGAUGAUGGAGUUAAAAAUACAUUAGAGCUCAGAGAACACGAGAAAGGAGACACUGCUCUCAUCAUCGCAGCAAGAAGAGGUCGAACAGAAAUAGUAAAAAAUCUCAUCAAGGCCAAGUGUGAUGUGAAUGCCACGAACAAAAAUGGGGACACAGCCCUAAAUAUCAGUGCAUCUUUGGGACAUAAGAGCAUUGUGGAUGAUCUACUGGAAGCAAAGGCGGAUAUUGAGAAGGCCAACUCUAACGGUGACACGCCGCUGUUGUCUGCUUCUACCUUAGGACAUCACCUGGUCAUUCAAACACUGUUAAAAUCUAGGUCAGAUAUUAAUAGAAAGGAUAAGAACGGGAAGACAGCCCUUGUUUUGAGUGCAGAAAAUGGACAUCGCCAGGCUGUGAGGACUCUUCUAGAGGUCAAGGACGCUCACAGCAAUGAAGUUAUACAACAAGCCAUGGCUGCAGCCUUUCAACGCAGACAUUCAGAUAUCGUCGAGAUGAUUGAAAAACAGACUGGACAAAAACUGGAUACAGGUAGGACAACUCUUCAUGCUGUAAUAGUAAUAGAGUAUUUCAUGUUAAAGGGAGGCCAAAACCAUAUCACAUUUUGUUGUUUUUCUUGUUUCUGGUAGAAUCUUCUUUCGAUAUUUAUUUUAAAAAGCAAGUGAGUCUAGAAGCGAUUUGCUCAUUCUUUGUUUUUAUUUGUAUGAAACAUUUUUUUGUUAAAAUCCUAACUUUAAGUAAUACGUAGAUUAAAAGCUGACCUAAAGGUACACCGUCAUACAAAAACGGUUUAAUUGUUAUAUCUAUUUCAGAGAGUUUGUCCAUAACCAAAGAGCUAAAAUCCAUACCAUUGAAGCUAUCGGGAUCCAGUUUGUUUGAGAGUGUCCUCAAAACACCAAAGUAAGAACAACCCUGUAUUGUAUGCAUGUCCUCAAAACACCAAAGUAAGAACAACCCUGUAUUGUAUGCAUGUCCUCAAAACACCAAAGUAAGAACAACCCUGUAUUGUAUGCAUGUCCUCAAAACACCAAAGAACAACCCUGUAUUGUAUGCAUGUCCUCAAAACACCAAAGAACAACCCUGUAUUGUAUGCAUCGGCGGUGGCCAAUAGCCUUUUUAAUAAAAUAUAUAUUUUAGCCACACAUGCAGCAACUUUAAUGGUUACAUUUUCUAUUCAAAUUACUGUAGGCCCUUGGCGUUAUAACUGGAAUGAAAAUAUAAUGGUGAGGGUAUGACCAUAUAAAAUGUAGAAUCCCUGUAUUUUGAAAGCUGUGUUAGCCAAUUGAUACUAUUUAAAAAUUCAUACCAAAAUUCAAAUCAAUUUAAUGGCAAUAGUCUGGGAAGCCGUCACGGUGGCAGAAGCUUCAUUUUUUAAAGUAAUUCUAUACAGUAAAUGAUUAAAAAAUGAAAGCUGUUCGAGUCCCACACAAAUAGCAUACCAAGGAAGUUGGGUCCCGAUCCAGACAAGUGAUUCUUGGUGAUUCGCCGUUCAAGAGCAUCGCUCAGCGACGAUUUAUUGCAGUUCUAAGAUUUGAUUGGCACACUUUUUUUUUUAAAUUUGCCCACUGACUAACGUGUUGCCCAUUGUGGGUAUAUGUAAUACCGGUAACAGAAUUGUGGGUAAUUAUAGUAACAGAAUUGUGGGUAUAUAUAACAGAACAGGAAGAAUACUAUUUUAAAAAUAUUUAAAUUCAUUGCAUCUCUUUAAAAAAAAUAUAUAUAUAUAUAAAAAAAAAACUUUUCAAAAGGAAGAAAAACUAAAAACCUUACAGUUACAAUGGCCUUACACUUACAAUGGCCUUACAGUUACAAUGGCCUUACAGUUACAAUGGCCUUACACUUACAAUGGCCUUACAGUUACAAUGGCCUUACAGUUACAAUGGCCUUACACUUACAAUGGCCUUACAGUUACAAUGGCCUUACACUUACAAUGGCCUGGUAUUGUUUUGUUUGUUUUUUUGGAAUGAGACAAUUAAUUAAGGAAUUAAACUUUUCAUACACUGUACAGUUUGAUAACGAGAAUUGAAGCCAAACAGAAAUGGUUCAUUUGGCAGAAUAUAGAGCAUAUUUUGACCCUUAAAAAAAGGGGGGGGGGCGGUGAGGGUAUUUUAAGCUAUCCACUAACACAUCAUCAAGUAGAGUCUUAAUUUAUAUAUAUCAAAUAGCCGCUUGAUACAUCUGAAUAGUUCUGUUUAUGUUACAGCAGACUUUGUGAUGAUCCCAACUCCAAUGAACGAAUAGAGCGAAGAAUUGGACACAGGUCCAUCAGGGAGUUUAGCACGAUGGAAGUAGACCAGGGCAUGGACAGUCCUACACCUGGAAACAUUACAAACAUGUAAAUAUUUAUAUUUGUGUAUAUAUAUAUAUAUAUAUAUAUAUUUAUUUAAAAAAUUAUAUAUAUAUAUAUAUAUAUAUAUAAUAUUCAUAUAGAGUAUUUGUUUAUAUAUUUUUUCCUAUCCAGUAUAUAUAUUCACAAACAGAGUAUAUAUACUAAUGCAGACUGUUUGUUGUUGUGUUACUUAUUCUGAAGUAGUUCUGUCCACAAAUGAUUGGAAUAUUUGAUCAACCAUUGGUGAAAACUUACGCUUCUUAAAAUGUAUAAAGAGAAGAAAAAAAAAUUUGUGUAAUUGACAUUCGUUUUUUGUAGAACAGCUUCCUGUCAACUUGCUUUCUUUCUAACCAUUUCAUAACUAAUCACCUCUACUUUUGUUAAUUAAAAAAAAACGUGAGUUCUAAAAUAGCUCAAAAGUUGGUAAGUUGAAGAACGUUAACUCAUCAUUUUUAAAAAAUAAAAAAUUUUUACCAAUAAAGUAAAAAGGAAUUACUUCACGCAUAAUAAAUGACAGGUCAAGAGAAAUCCACAGACAAAGACAAUUUUCAUAAGAUCAACGGCAAUAAAUUAGAAAUGACAAAAAGCUUUUUAAAAAAAAUGAUAAUUAACAUCACAUUCCAAACAUUAUGUGUUAGAUCAACACUGUUGAUAAUAACAUCUCUUUUUAAUAGCGUCGAGUUUUCCUUAUUUGGCCAAAAGUUAUUUCUCUUUUGUUACAAGUUUAAAAAAAAAAAAAAUAAUACAAUACAAAUUGUUGAAUGGAGCAUGUUAUUUUUUCCCCCCAGACACUACCACAUUGAUCAAGCUGAAAAUGUCAUUAUAGGAGAUAGUUCAAUGAUAAGAAGCAAGUAGAGGCGAACUGGAAUGAAGCUGGCUCCAUUACCUGAGGAUGCAGAAGAGUUUUAAUGGCUCAGAUUUGUUAGAGGAUUAUAAAAUAUAAUGAGCCACCAAAUCAUUUUGAACCAAUUAAAAUUCCUGAAACGACACAUCCAAAUGUAUAUGAAAGUACCAGUAUAGUCUGUGACACAAAUAUGCUCUUUUGGUCAGGUUAAAAAAACUAUUUAGGUGGAAAUUUGACUCAAGGUUGCCAAUCCAUCCGUAAAAAGUUUGCCUAAAAUGAUUUGCCCGUAAAAGUCUGUAAGACCUUUUAGAUGUCCGUGAAAAAUAAAAAAAAGUUUCUCAAGGCUUUAGAAAGGAAAGAAAACGGGACGUCUCAGCCUUUGCUUUUUUUUAUUUUAAAAAAUGAC